AAAGGAGAAAAGGAAAUAGAGGAAGACGUGAAACCAAUAAAAAAAAUUAAACAAAGUAAUCUAUUGAAAAUAUUUGCUGUGUUCAUAGUACGAAAUCUAGCCAAUGAUCGAUUCUUUCAUCACCACAAUUAAUAUAAAAUAUCACUUUGAGAUUUUGCGCCUGUUGUAAGAUUGCAAAAAUAUUAGACAUUGUAUUUCCACCCCAAAAGACAACUCCCCCCCAACCCCAACGCCCCGCCCGCCCUACCCAACCCACACCCCAACUGUUAAUUAAUUCAACCUCGGUGAAAUUCGUAUAAUCGAAUUUCAAACUACGACAAUCGUCGUGGCUCCUUCGAUAGAAGAUAGAAAAACUCGUCCGAAUCGUCGUAAACGGGGUCCAAGUGACCCUGAAAAAUUACCAAUCAUUGAUUCCGACGAGUCAACUGUUAUCAUGGGUGCCCAGGAAGAGGACACCAAAUCUAGCAAGUCCAGUACCAUCGGUGGUGUAAUACCGAUGGCAAAGGUUGCUACAUUGGUUGAAAAAGCUAAAUUUUACACGUCACUCUGCUUGGGCACCACCGCCAUUCUCGCGGUAUUUGCUUUCUUAUUUUUAAUACCGUUCGUCGUCGAGCCAGCUAUAUCGACGAUACUUGCGGAUUUUUCACCACACGCGGUAGCUUGCAUCACCACGGAACACGUUUAUGCUGAAGGAUUGAAGAAUUGUUCAUGGGCGAGUUGUAGAGAAGGUUGUACGAGUGCUGCGUUACGAUGCCAUCAAAUCAAAGUUAAUUAUACUAGAUUACCUUACGAAGAAUUUAUGAAAAAACCUAUUGGCUCUAUACCAUGGGACGUGAGCGAUACGAAAUUUUUUGUCAACACGGAAGGUUGCGGCUAUCCACCUAGAGUUAAUUGUUCCGAUUUUUCGAAAAAAUAUGGCUACCGUAACAUUGGCAAAAUAUUUCCAUGUUAUUACAGUAGAACCCAUCCGGAAACGGUAGUGGCAAGGUAUUCUUGGGAUGAAAAUCUAAAACACCUCGUGCUGGCGUUAACCGUACCAGUUGUCUUAUUUGCCGUCUCUCUUGGAGUAUUGUGUUAUUGGUAUUGUCCACCCGUUAGAAAAACGUGUGGUGGACCUGGUCGUAAUCUCAUUGAAAAAUACGAAAGAAAAGAAGACAUUCUCGGAGAGGAUGAGUUUGAAGAAGAUGAAGAGGAAUACUGACUGCUACCACGGGCUCACCCCCCGGCACGGGAGUGACGCCAGACAUUUUAUCGAAACGACUCCGUCAACGUACUUUACGUUUGAAAACAAAAAAAUAUUUUUUUCGGAUAAAAAGCAUUGAUCCAAGCGUGAUAUACAUAUAUAUAUAUGUAUAUCAGAUAUCAGAAUAUGAUAUCGAAGAAAGAAAGAAAGAAAAGAAAA